AUGGGAAACGAAUGCAGCUGCGGAGAAGUGAACAGCGCAAAAGCGCGAAUCUCUAACGGAGAAGAAAAGAAAAAGCUGCAAGAUUUACAUCUGUGCUGGGAUGAAGAUGUGGGGAAAAAUCUUCUAAGUGAAGAUGAAGAGAUGGAGGAUGACAAUUAUUUCUACCGUUUGGAGAAAAAAAAAAGUAUGAACAAGUCAGGCGAAAAAGGAAAAUACAAAGAAGAGGAAGAUAUCGAUAAAUGGAACAUUUUCGGAGACCAACUGGAAGGAGACUACAUCAUUAACGUGAAAAAAAUACUCAUGUAUGUUAGGGAAUACGAGGAAGAUUUUUUUCUUUUCUUUAAAAAGAGAAACGCCACAAGUUUGAUCUUACUAAAGUACAUAAUCCUAAAUUAUCAAAAAUACAUUCUGCGCAUUGGUGAUACAGGUGUAGUAUACAUCGGGGAAGUCAGUCCAACUAAUGAGAAGCACGGGUUAGGAGUGAUCAUUACACCUGACCAGUGCAUGUACAUAGGGGAGUUUGAUAACGAUCAAAUUACAGGGUUCGGUUUGUAUGUCCACUUUUCCAAAAGUAUUUAUGUAGGACACUGGAAGGGAGGAAAGACAAAUCACUACGGUAUCUUUACUCAUACAGAUGGUACAUUCUACAAAGGGUUCUGGUCAAAUGAUAAGCAAAAUGGAAAGGGUAUUGAGCAUGUUCAUGAGAACUUUUUCUUUUUGGGGAAUUACAGAAGAGGAGAAAAAAAUGGCUUUGGAGCUUUUAUUUUGAAAAAUGAAUCCAUGUACAUUGGACAUAUAGAAAAUAAUUGCUUCUCCAAAAAAGGGAUAUACUUUUUUAAUAGGAAGAAAAUGUACAUAACGAAUUGGGAGAAGAACUGCAUAGAGGGUGCUUGCGAAAUUUUGUGGUUAGACAGGAGGCAGUUCUAUGGCUACCACUCUAAGAGCAACAGUAAGGAGGGCAUUGGAAUUUACAAAUGGAAUGAUGGGAGGAUCUAUUUUGGAAACUGGUCUAACAAUAAGCAACACGGUUAUGGGUUCUUCAUUGUGAUCAAGCAUAUUAGGGAAUAUGAACAGAGAGAGAAGGCUCCUUUUUUCUUCUUUUUCCAGCAGACAAGAAAGGUGAAGGAGUAUUUCUUUUUAAAUCUUUUAAAGGAGUCCUUUUUUGAGAAGGGCCGGGUGCGUGGCGAGCUGGAGAGGGCCAUCUGGGGAGAAGCGGUAGAGCAUUACACGGCACGUGGAAGGACAUACCUUGCCGCUUCACAAGAGGCGCCACCUCGGGACGGAUCCCCAAACGGGAUGACACCCCAGUGUAACCACUUGGACGCGUACCUCUUCCUAAGGACGCUGCUGUGCAUGAGGUAUUACCAGACCUGCUGCUCCUACUUCGACCUCCUGCAGAAGAAAAAAUGCAACAGCUUCAAAUUUAACUGCACCUUCUAUGAAAGGGUGAAGGAGCACAUUUGUUCCGUGACGAAUAGCUACUUGAAUCGGCACGCGGCGCAGGAACGAUGGGGGGGCAGCGACUCGCCUGCGUGGAGCGCCCUCCAGGGGGAGGCAAACCAUACGAGGGGAGAAGCAAACCAUACGGGGGGAGAGACAAACCAUACGGGGGAAGAGGCAAACCAUACGAGCGAAGGGGCGGGCAAUACGAGUGAAGACACCGACGACACGAGUGAAUCGGGAGAGACACAUCGAGGCAAUGUUGAAGAGACUGACGACACGGACGAAUCGGAAGAGACAAAUCGAGGCAAUGGUGAAGAGAUCCAUCUAGGGGACCACCCCUUCGGAGAGAACCCCCCCCAGCAGAGGAAUCACACAGAGGAUAAGCACCCCCCCUUCGAAGACAUCGAGCGUCUGAAAAAUUACCUAAGCUGCCUAAACCUGAGCCACGUCAGCGAAGGAGACAUCACCCCCCACAGCCCCCUGUUCGCUCUCGCAUCUAGUAAUAUUGUCCUAAAAUUGGGGAGGUGGGAAAAUGGGAAGUUGCAAGAAUGGAUUCACUCCAGCCACAAAUUGCAUGGGGAACAAAAAGGAACCCACAGCGAUAGCGAUUCAGGCGACACGAGUGAGGGAAGUUCCUUAGAGGCGACAUCUUCCACGUCCCAUUUGAGAGAUGGUCACCAAGGCACCAGCUCUGUCGUAAAGGGAGAGAUAAAUGUGCAAAGUAGUUUUACCAAUACGAACAGCAUAAGGAAGGGAGUAGAUCCACGGGGAGUCCCUACUGCAAGCAUCCUCCACAAGGGGGAAGAUGACGAAGGAGACGAAGGAGACGAGGACAGUUCUCACGAAAUUAAUGUGCGGCAUGCGUUGCAGGGGGAGAAGGGGUCCCGUCUGUGGCAGGAAAGUAGCUCUAUGGGGGGGAAGAAACCCGGACAGCGGGACAGAAGCACCAGCAAAGAGGAUUCACGUGGGGUCAGCAAAGAGGAUUCACGUGGGGUGAGCAAAGAGGAUUCACGUGGAGUCAGCAAAGAGGAUUCACGUGGAGUCAGCAAAGAGGAUGCACGUUGGGUCGGCAAAAAUGAUGCAGGUGGAGUCAGCAAAAAUAAUGCUCGUCGGGUCAGCAAAGAGGAUGCACGUUGGUUCAGCAAAAACGAUGCACGUAGGGCCAAUAAAUUUCGCCCUCAUUUUCCGAGCCUUCCAGAGAAAGAAGAAGAAGAAGGAGAAGGCAUCCCUUCCAGUGUUACCUCUCACAACUACGACUUGCCAAAGAAGGGGUUCUCCCUAAUAUGGAGUUUGAAGAGAAUGAAGAAUUCCCAAUUAUCCGCCAAUGAGCACAUAACGUUUGAGGCCCCGCAGGCGUAUGACGAUGAGGAAGACGGCCAGUCAGCGGCACGCCAUAAAAAGAAGAAGUCCUUUUUUGGCAAGUUCCUGCGGAGGGGCAAGCAAAACGGGAGGAGUAACUGUACGAAGUGA